AUGCCUAUUAACGUGGCGGUCAAAUCGGUCGUGAUCAACAAGUCCAGUGCAACCGCCAAGCUCAAUGGCGGCGCACCGAUCAACGUUGGUGACCAAACCACCAUUGAUCCUAUGACAAUUGCUACCAUCACCUCUGGUGGGCGAGUCCUGAAUCCUAUCACUUCAGCUAUUCAUAAUGUGAAUACUGGGACCAUUACCUUGAUCGAUGGGCAUUUGUUUGGCAGGUUGGGAGUUUGGUGGGGCCCAGAUGGGACAUCAGGCCAGCCAGGGGUUACUGAAUGGUUCAACUGA